CUGCUGCCCGAGGGCUUCAGCUGCUUCUCUCUCGAGGCCAAAACCCUCGAGUCUCUGCUGCAGGCAGCAGAUGUGGGGUCUGCUGCAGCAGCAGCAAAAAGGCAGCUGCAGACAGACUUGGGAGAUUUGCUGCCGGGCCAGCAAGCCAGGAUCCUGCUGCUGCCCCAGGUCCCUGCUGCUGCUGCUGCUGCUGCUGCUGGUCCAGGGGGCGGCGCGGCUGCAGCAGUUGAGCCCGGCGCUGCAGCAGCAAGCGGCGCGCAGCCAGGGCCCGCAGCAGCUGCUGCAGCAGACACGCAGAGUGCAGCAGCACCAGCUGCAGCAGCAGCAGCAGCAGCAGAUAGCAGCACGGCCUAUUUGCUGCUGCGCUACUCAGCAAAUGAUUCAAGCGUCAUCGACCUCGCCUUCCUCCUGCCAAAUCCUUCCUGGAUGACAAUUCGGGAUAAGACUCUGCUGCUGCUGGAGCUGGGCCUCCGUCUGGCGGUUUUGGGUCGGGUGGAGGUUUUCGACGCCGUCAACACUGCUGCCGCAGAUGGGUGUUG